CGCACGGUGCUGCGUUUAAAAACAGGAAGAGAGGGUAACGUUAGCUUCAGGUAACUAUCGUAUUAUUAAAGAAAAGUAAGUUUUGCUUCUAGUUUAUAUAUUCGUCCGGUUUGUGGUUUGAGCCGACUUGGGUAGUGAUAACGAACCGAGCCCUUGAAGCCGUUUUAAAUUAACAACCGUUCACGUAUCUAAAUGCUAAUGCUAACCUAGGCUAACCAAGACUACAAAGACUGACUGCCAGUUGUUGUCUCAUUCAGUUAAAUAUAUGGAAUUUGUAUUUGGUUAAAUAUAACGUGGGGAAUUGUGUUACAGAAAAUCACUCACCCUUCCAUGUGUCAAAGUAAACAAGCUAGCCAAUUUAGCUAUCGUGCUGUUUUGCUAACAAAUAGCAAAUAUAACCUUAACAUAAUAUCUGUGGCUCAUAAAAUGUAAGACAUUUCUGUGGUGCAAGCCCACUUAUUACACAUUUCAACAGCCCUUUACAUUACAAUCGCUCCUUAUGACUAGUUUAGGCUUUACUCCUGCCAGUGAGCAGGAUGUUUUCCGUAUUGAGACAACAGGACAGUCCAGCUCUAAAACAAAGUGUGCCCUUAGUGGCGAAGAGGCCAGGCAGUUUUACGAAACUUUAAUGAAAGAUGAUGCUAAAGAACAAGAAGUAUCAAGACGAAAAGACUAUGACAGGGUGCAUCAAAAUAAACAGAAGAAUAGACGAGUCAGGAGGCGAGUCAGGGCUGCUCAGGUGCAGCAGGAUCAAACCACUUCGGCAGUGGAAAGAGGGACUGGUAGUGAAAGGGAAGAAAUCCAAAGGAGAGAGAUGGCAGCAAGAGACAGGAGCAACUCAGAAAGGUCCAUGGAGCUCCAGGGGCUCAAGUUGCUGCGCUGUGCCCAUGAAGGGGACAUCUCUGGCCUCAAAGAGCUGCUCUCAAAAGGGGUCGACAUAAACUUCCAGGAUACUUUCUUCUGGACGGCUACAAUGUGUGCAAGCUGGUCUGGAAAAAGAGCCGCAGUGAGGCUGCUGCUGCAACAUGGAGCAGCAUGGGUUGGAGUGGUUGAUACACAGGGCAGGGAUGCCAAAGACCUGGCACUGGAAGCUGGCCACAGUGAGGUAUUGGAGGAGUUGGAAUGCUAUGGGAGAAGUGAACAGAAACACGCACAAUCUGAUAGCAGUGCCCCCAGGCCUCAGUGGUGUGAUGUGUGUUGUAGCAAGUACAGCAGCAGCCUGUCAUCACAUCUCUCCUCUACUCUACAUCAGUUUAGUCUGCGGCAUCCUCCACCCACCCCCUACUACUGUCUUCCCCCCUCCAGCAACAGCUACAAGAUGAUGGUUCGUUGUGGCUGGAAACCAGGGACUGGACUUGGGCCCGAGGGAGAGGGGCCGCAACAGCCAGUGCCAACUGUGCUGAAGAGAGACCAGAAAGGUCUGGGGUACGGACAGGUGAAAAGAGCCAAAGUUACGCACUUCAAAGCCAGGGAUCAUGACGCCGUGAAACCACCAUCCAGGGAUAAAGAAGAGAGAGGAGAAAAAGGGAAGAGGAAAGAGGAAUGUAGGAGAAAAGAGCAAAAGGAUAAAAACUGGGAGAGAGAUUUCCGAGCCUCUUUUUAUCUUUGACAUCUGCUCACAGCAACUUUCUUCCAAGCCAGCCCUCUCCCCCAGACUUAUCUGAAAGUAUUGUUUAACCAUCAGACAGAUCUAUUAUGAAGAGGUGUUUACCUGUUUGUUUGUUUUUUUUUUUUUUUUAGCUAAAAACUGUGAAGGUGUUUGUAAAGCACCUGGAAGGUGUUUCCUCAUGGAUCAUUAUAUAAAAUCCUUGACUCUACCUCAAAGCUGACACUAUGUCAUUAUAGGUUGUGCAAUCACCAAAUAUGGCAUUGUGUUCAUCCUGGUACGUUUAUUGUACCCACUAAGACUUGCAUAAUUAGAUUUACAUUAGCAUUUAUUUAAAAAAAACAUGAGUCCCACUGGUCACACAGACUUCACAGAGAAUACUGUUUAUUGUUCAUUAUCUGGGAAAGGAAGCUUAUUUUUUUUGUGUGGAAAAGUUAGGCUGAUAUGUUUUAUAUGGUAAUAAUUCAUUAAACACUGAGAUGUAACACCCCUUGAUUUGUGAGUCUUAACAAGAGUAAAAGAGUUUGCUUUAGAGAUUUAUGUUGUAUCUAGUAAUUCUCCUGAGCGACUGCGGUAACCAUUUGUCAGUGGUUUCUGAAUGUAGGACAUGUUGUGUAACGCAGUGAUCUCUCCCUUUGUGGCAGCUCUAUGUACCUUCUCACCUAAUUAACAACGCCUACAUGCGUGACUGGGAAGUCACAUGCUUAUUCAUAUCUGCCAUAUCAGCAUGUCACCUAUUUUCUUUCUUCCUCGCACUUGGCAUGGUAAAACCGGUAAUUCUUGCUUUAGUCCAGAGUGUUUGUGUCUCUAAAGCUGGACACUUUUCUCUGGUGACAUGUUGAUGUUUUAAAGGUUUUAUUUAAGUAAGCUCAAAGCCAAAUCAGGGACAAAUUUAACUGCCUGUGACACAACGUGUGGCCUCAGCUUCUCAGGCAGGGCACAGUUUCUAUUUCAAAGUCCAGGCUGAAGAUUACAGAUUAUAGCUUUGGUGAUCAAAGCUCCAGGACCACUGACCAACUCCUCUUAAGAGCAAUGUCUAACUAACUGAAUGUCUUGACAGUAUUUAUGGGUGGAGAACAUCAAGAAAUUGUAUUAAAACAAGUGUUUUUGAAAUUGUGGUCAUUAAACAUUAGGCAUGCAUUUAUA